CGGAAAAAUAACAACAUACAAAGGUCACGAAAGCAAAAACAUCUCACUCUAGCAACCUUGUGUUCGAAACAGCGCGCUUGGUCCAUGUGUUUACAGCACUUGAGGUAUAGCCAACAGGCGCACCGCUGUCUGUUCCCAGUUUUCCUAGCGCCAGAGUUUUUUCUGGAACAGCGCAGAAAGGCAAAGGCUCCCAAAAUAGAGCUCGAACCAAGCGUAAAGCGACCAGCAGAAAAUCCGUGUUCUUCAACUAGUCGAUCGGUGCGAGGAGAAAAGUGCGUGAAGAACGAGCGCACAGAGUGCGUUUAGUGAUUAGUGGGAACGCACGAAAUCACGAACGAUAGCCAAUCGCUAGGCCCUGAAGGUGCCACACAUCACCAGUUCGUUAUCUGACACGGACACACGCACACAUACACACGGACAAACAGCGACACAUACGGCAGUGGCAGCAACCUCACGCAGCAGGAGGGGGUUCAGGGUACAGGAUUUCCCCUGUCAUGGCGGAUUCGUGCGAGUGAAACCCGAUUUUCUUGUCCCGACUUUUCACCAUCGAUCUCACGGCACACACACACACUCUCUCAAACAGUGCGUGAGUGCGUGCGGACGUGCACGUCGGAAAGGUGAAGAGAAAGGAGAGAGCGCACGGUGUGGUGGUGCGCGGCAAGAGACAGCGGACCGAACUUACAGUGCCUGCCUGCCCCAUAGAGGUGUGUACAGUGUGUGUGCGCGCGCGAUCCGUCGUGUGGUAGCAGCAGCACGCGGGACAACCAUUAUUACACAAUCGCCUGAAACGUAGCGUGGACGACGACCACGACGACGACCAUCGUCGUCAUUUGUGCGUGUGUGAGUUGGCAAGAUAGAGGCGCAAAAGGGGGUGUGCAGGUUUAGUGAACGCGUGGUCACGCAAGCGGCCAGAAUUCCGUACGCCACCCGUUUGUGAGGUGUGUGUUGGUUUCGGGUUAUUUCGUCCAAAGUGAAGUUGCAGUAGCCCAACAGCAUCAGCAGCAGCAAAGCAAGCGGAGGAAGAAGGUGGAAGUGCGUUUUCCAUCUGGUGUGUACAGCAGGCAAAAGUAGGCGCUAAAGUGCAAAAAGGAGAGCGAGAAAAACACACACACAUACACGCAUUAGCAGGCACGCUUCAAACCAACACUCACACACACACACAGACGCGCAGUCAUGUUCAUCAACAACACGGAAGCGCUGAAGGUAUGGCUGACGGCGGUGCUGGAACCGCUGUGCGAUGCGGAUCCGGCCGCCCUCGCCCGGUACGUGCUGGCGCUGCUGAAGAAGGACAAGCCGGAGAAGGAUCUGAUCGUGUCGAUGAAGGAGCAGCUGGACGUGUUCCUGUCGGAAGAAACGCAACCGUUCCUGGACCGGCUGUUCCGGGUGAUCAAGAGCGAGGAGUAUCUGAAGUGUGCGCCGGCCCCGGCAGUCCCAUCCGCUCCGGCUGUGGUGAGCAACGGUGCGACGGUCGGCGCUGUGCCAUCGUCCACUACCAGCAGCAGUAGCACCGCCCAAGCACAGGCGGCUUCCACGACACCCGCCGGCGCUUCCACGAACCACCAUCACGCCGAGGAGGUGACCAGCAGCUCCCGGACGACGAUUAAGCGCGAGUUUACGCCACCGCUGCAGGAGUCGUCGUCGUCGUCCGGCACGGGGGGGCGAUCGUCGAAAGCGGUCGCCAGCUCGGCCGGCUCCAACUAUUCGUCCGGCUCGUCGGCAGCUGGCAGUGGUGGAGUGACGGCUACCAGCGGCUCGAUCACGUCGGAACGAUCCACCUCCUCGUCCCAUCAUCACCAUCAUCAUCACAGUGGCGGUGGUGGCACCAGUGAGCGGUCGGAGAAGGGACGCGGCAGCGAAACGACCUCUUCCAGCGGCGCACCAUCCGUUAGCAGCAGUAGCGGAGGAGCAGGAACGCUUGGUGGCGGUGCCAGCAGCCAAAAGUCUUCUUCCACCCACCAUCAGCAGCACUCGCCCAUCAAAGGAUCCGGCAAGGAUGAUCAUGGCAAAGAGAGCAGCAGCAGCAACAACACCCGCCGAAGCCGCCGGACGCAGAAUCGAUCGCGCAGCCGCUCCCGGUCCCGGUCGCGAUCGUUCGAGCGGCCGCGAGAUACGCGUCGAUCCCGCUCGCGCGAACUGCAGCAGCGUCCUCGCGGUGGUGGUGCUGGAGGUGGCAGCCUCGGUGGCAGCGGUAAUGAUUCAAAGUCCAGCGGAAGCCGUUCGUCCUCGUACCGCAACAAGUCGCCGCUCCGUGGAAGCGAUUCGUUCCGUCGGUACGAGCGGAAGGGGUACAGUGAUCGGCGCAACAGCGGUCCGAAUGCCAGUGGCACGAUGGCAGGAUCGGGCGCCGGCACGAAUGCAGCAUCGUCGGGAGGCGGUGGUAGCAGCGGCGGCGGCAACGGUGUAGGCAGCAGCCGCUCGCAAAGGAUCCGUUCGCACUCGCGCAGCCGUUCGCCGUCCCCGAACUCGGACCGUCGAAAGAUGGCCCGCUCGAUGACGCCGGUCCGUCAGGCGGCGGUAGCAGCAGCCCGAGCGGUGGGUGGUGCUUUGGUGGCGGGUGACACGGUGGCAUCGGCCGGUGGCGGCAUGGUGGUGGAUGGAGCGGCCGUAGUCAAUCCGGUAUCGGCGCUGGUUGGACCGCCCGGCGUUACGGGCGGUGUGCCGAUCAUUCCCGUCGGCGGGGUGGUACCGACGGUCGCACCCGUACCGCCACCGUCCGUCGGAGCGCUCGAUCGCGUGCUGAAUGCGGCGGCGGGCGAGGGAGGAGCAGCAACGGCCGUUCCGCUGGGCGGUGGAGGAGGUUCGGUGAAGCGUCAGCGGUGCCGCGACUUCGACGAGAAAGGGUACUGCAUGCGCGGCGAAACCUGCCCCUGGGAUCACGGGGCCGAUCCGCUCGUGCUGGAAGGUCUGAACAAUCCGGCCAUGAUUGCACAGAUCCGCGGCCCGAUUGCGGCCGAGUACAGUCCGGAUUCGCCCGCCCUGUGGAACAAACACCCGAACGUGCAGCAGGGACCACCGGGGAUGGGUGGAGGCGCCGGCGGCGGCGGCGGCGUGGCGACCGGUAUACGACCCGCGCUGGCCCAGCGCCUCGGCGGCGGAGGAUUUGGACCCCGCGGAGGACCGGGACCGGGUGGUAUGGGUGUACAGUUCCGUGGCGUGUCGCCCGGCUUCCCGAUGCAGGGCGGUGGUGGCUUCGCGGGCAAUCCGAUCGGUGCGACGCCGCUGCAGCGCGAACUGAUCUCCGUACCGGUGGUGGACGCGAACAAGGGCGGAGAUGUGUCGGCCGACCAUCGCAGCAAUCGGUUCGAGCCGGAGGAUGCGGUCGCCAUCGCGGACGCAGGGCCCAUGAUGAUGGGCGGUGGCGGCAAGCGCAAGAUGCCGAUGCACAACCGGCACGGACCUAGGCCGGGCGGGGGACACGGUGGCGGCCCGGGCGGCCCCGGCUCGAUGCAGAUGAUGAAUACGCAGCACAACUGCUCGCUGGAGCUGCGCAAGAUUCCGCGCGGGCUGAACGAGAUAUCGCAUCUGAACGAUCACUUUUCGAAGUUCGGGAAGAUUACCAACAUUCAGAUCCGGUACGAUAACGAUCCGGAGGCGGCAAUUGUGACGUUUUCGUCGCACGCGGAAGCGAACGUCGCGUACCGGAGUACCGAGGCCGUGCUGAACAAUCGGUUUAUUAAGGUGUUUUGGCACACGCCACCGGCGGGCGGUGAUCAGCCGGCCAUCACGGCGUCGGCAAAGACGGAACACUCGCUGCGGAGGACGUACCCGAACCAGUACAGCAUCAACAACAAUCUAAGCUCGGCGGGUGCGACCGGCACGACACAGACCGGCCCGAUCGUGGCAGGCGGCAAAACGCUCCAAGCGAAGGACGACGCGAAUCCGUUGGCAAACGGGAACGAGAAUCUCGCACCGCAGCAGCAGCAGCAGCAGCCCGGUGGCCCGAAAGCACACGGUGGCAAUAACGCGAACAAGUACAUCAGCCCCGGUAUGGGCGCGCCGUUGCAGGGUGGUAACGCCGGCGGCAACAAAGGGGCCCGUGCGCAGAACGAAAUACUGCGCAAGCGGCAGGAACAGUUCACCAAGGGCAUCAACGAGCGGAAGGUAUUCCUGAUGGACGGGUACCUGAAGGAGCAGCGCAAGCUGCUGGAGCUGAUCGUGACGAACGAGGUGAGCGAUCCGCGCCGACCCCAGCUGAAGGAGUCGCUCGACGAGCUGCAGGUGAAGAUCAACAAUCUGCGCAAGGAGAUCGAGCAGGACCACCAGCUGCUGAAGGCGAAUACGGCGCGCGGCCCCGGACCCCACGGCCCGAAGCACAAGACGAAGGAGCAGCACGACAAGGAGAUGCUGGACGCGGAGCUGGAGCAGAUUGCGCAGGAAACCCGCACGUUCCGCACGCCGGACGGUCCGGCGGCGGCGGCGGCGGCGGCAACGAUCGCGCCCGGCCAGAAGGGACCGUACGGCGGUGGUGGGCGCAAGGGCGGUCCCGUUGGGCGGGUAGCACCGCCCGGCUCGACCAGCGUCGAUCGCCGCCCAACGACCAUCCUGAUCACCGGGUUCGUCGAGGAGGAGGCGGACUCGCUGCUGGACCAUUUCAAGCAGUUCGGCGAGGUGACGAAGCACCAGCUCGACAAGGCGGAACCGUCGCUGACGAUCGGGUUCAGCACGCGACCGGUGGCGGAGAAGGCACUCGCGCGCGGUAAGCUAUUUAACAAGAAAACGCUCACGAUAGUGUGGCAGACGACGGUGGCUGCAGCGGCACCGGGACCGGCGGCGGCGGCGGCAUCGCUGGCCGGCGCAUCGGCUGGUGGAGCGGGCAUGACGGCGACAACCGCCGACUCGGGUAAGGAGCAGGGCGCCCGGGGCGACGGCAAUCCGCUCGUCCAUUCUAGCAGUGGCAGCAGCGACGGUGGGGACGGUGCGUCCCUGAAGCAGCACGACAGUGACGGUGCGGAUCGGAUGGGCUCGGCAGCGGGGGCAGUGCGGCCGACCAACUGCACUCCUCCUCGAUGGAAACGCUGA